CUCUUUUCUCUCUCCUUCCCUUUCUCUCUCCUCCCCCUUCUCUCUUCCUACGCUAUACCUAAUUGAAAUUUUUAUGCCCUUCAUCGCCGAUGUCUGUCGCGCUUGUAGCUGUGAAUUUUGGUUAAAUUUCUGAAUUCCCCUUAAUCUCAAAUUUCAUCACAGGAAGCUAUAUUGUUGAUUUGGAAAAUAUAGCUUGUGUCUGCCGUGCAAUUGGAAUUAGGAAUUUUUGGAAGAUUUUGUAAAACAAAACCGGAUUCCUUUAGCUGUGCCUGUAUCCCAUGACACACUUAAGUUGAUGAAAGCUGAUGGUAGGAAAAUAGUUUUGACAAUUGUUGAGGAUGAAAACGAAGAAAGAUCACGGGAACUGAUUAAGUUAUUGAAAGCUGCUGCAUCUGCAAAUCGGGACUUAAUAUUUGGUUAUGUUGGAGUUAAACAGCUGGAAGAAUUUGCUGAAAAUUUUGAUAUUGGGACCAAACUACCAAAAAUGGUCGUUUGGAAUAAAAGUGAUGAUUACCUUACAGUGCUUUACCAUUUAUAUCUGGUUGAUGAAGCUCCAAACAUGAUAUCCACCCUAAUCAUUUUGCUGAGUGAUCCUGAUUCAUCAACUGUUACGGUUGCUUGGGUGGCUUUGUCAAGCGUCAUUGCUUCAGUACCCAAGGAGGUGCUUCCUUCUUACAUAAAACUUGUCUGUGAUGCUGUGUCAACAUCCCGGGAUAAGGAGCGAAGGAAAAAGAAGGAAGCGUGUUCUGCUCAUCCUGUCUGUGCUUGCACAUGAUAAUGCAGAGAACAAGGAAGAUAUUGCUAAAGUGGAUAAUGCACUUGGAUCAAUUGUUCGCUCACUUUCACGUCAAAUUGAGGAAAGAAAGUUAGCAUUGGAGUUGCUGUUGGAGUUGUCUAAAAGUAAAACGGUGUGCAAUCUCGUAGGAAACAUUCAAGGAAGUAUACUUCUCCUGAUGACGAUGUUAAACAGUGAUGAUGUUGAAGCAGCCAAAAAUGACCUGAGUUGCUGGAGAACCUCUCUUUCCUUGUGCAGAAUGUUAUACAGAUGGCAAAGGCAAAUUAUCUUAAGCCUAUACUGCUGAACCUUUCUACAGGUAUUCCAUGAAUGAGAUACAUCAUUUGAACUUAUAGUGAUCAGCCAAAUCCAGUUAGUGCUCAGUGGAUGCAAGAAGAGAAAAGUUUGUCCAAGGAAAAGUGAUUUCAAUAUAGACAAUGCUUCUUCACACUCUUUGGAGGACCAACAGAAGAUUAAACACAGCAGUGCUGACCAAUCACACUAGUUCAAUGUAUAUAUCUCAGUUGUAAUCAUAUCAGGAUUGUAAUA